GUCGACGAGAGACUCCCGAGUACGUCUACAGUCAGCCUUGCGGUAAGCUUGUGCGCUCGGAAGAACCUAGGGUAACAAUGGGGCAAACUAAAAGUAAAUAUGCCUCUUAUCGCAGCUUUAUAAAAAUUCUCUUAAAAAGAGGGGGAGUUAAAGUGUCUACCAAAAAUCUAAAUACACUCUUUCAAACAAUAGAACAGUUUUGUCCAUGGUUUCCAGAACAGGGAACUUUAGAUCUAAAAGAUUGGGAAAAAAUUGGCAAAGAAUUAAAACAAGCAAGUAGGGAAGGUAAAAUCAUUCCACUUACAGUAUGGAAUGAUUGGGUCAUUAUUAAAGUAGCUUUAGAACCGCUGCAAACAGAAGAAGAUAGCGUUCCAGUUUCCGAUGUCCCUAAAAGCUGUGCAGUAGAUUGUGAAAAAGAGGCAGGGAUAGAGUCCCAGAAAAGAAAAGAAAGUUCACACUGUAAAUGUGUAGCAGAGCCGGUAAUGGCUCGGUCAACGCAAAAUGUUGACAAUAAUCAAUUACAGGAGGUAAUAUAUCCUGAAACGUUAAAAUUAGAGGAAAAAGAUCCAGAAUUGACAGAGCCAUCAGAGUCUAAACCACGAGGGCCAACUCCUCUUACAACAGCUCAGAUGCCUGCAACCUUAGAACCUCAAAUGCAGGUUAAACAAGUAGAAAGUAAGAUCCAGCCGCCUGUAGCCUAUCAAUACUGGCCGCCAGCUGAACUGCAGUAUCGGCAGCCUCCAGAAAAUCUGUAUGGACAGCCAGGAGCAUUUUCAGUGCCACAGGGCAGGGUGCCAUAUCCUCAGCCGCCCACCAUGAGACUUAAUCCUACAGCACCGCCUAGUACACAGGGUAGUGCAAUACAUAAAAUUAUUGAUGAGGCAAGAAAACAGGGAGAUAUUGAGGCGUGGCAAUUCCCAGUAAUAUUAGAAGCAAGACCACCUGGAGAAGGGGCCCAAGAGGGAGAGCCUCCUGUAGCUGAAGCCAGAUAUCAGUCCUUUUCUAUAAAAAUGCUAAAAGAGAUGAAAGAAGGAGUAAAACAAUAUGGACCCAACUCUCCUUACAUGAGAACAUUAUUAGAUUCCAUUGCUCAUGGACAUAGACUCAUUCCUUAUGAUUGGGAGAUUCUGGCAAAAUCAUCACUCUCACCCUCUCAAUUUUUACAAUUUAAGACUUGGUGGAUUGAUGGGGCACAAGUACAGUUCCGAAGAAAUAGGACUGCCAAUCCUCCAAUUAAGAUAGAUGCAGAUCAACUAUUAGGAAUAGGUCAAAAUUGGAGCACUGUUGACCAACAAGCAAUAAUGCCAAAUGAGGCCAUUGAGCAAAUCAGGGCUAUCUGCCUUAGGGCCUGGGAGAAAAUCCAAGACCUAGGAACCGCCUGCCCUUCCUUUAAUACAAUAAGACAAGGCUCUAAAGAGCCAUACCCUGAUUUUGUAGCAAGACUUCAAGAUGCUGCUCAAAAGUCAAUUACCGAUGAGAAUGCCCGUAAAGUCAUAGUGGAGUUGAUGGCAUAUGAAAACGCCAAUCCGGAUUGUCAAUCAGCCAUUAAGCCAUUAAAAGGAAGGGUUCCCACAGGAUCAGAUGUAAUCUCAGAGUAUGUUAAAGCAUGCGAUGGAAUUGGAGGAGCUAUGCAUAAAGCUAUGCUUAUGGCUCAGGCAAUCACAGGAGUUGCUUUAGGAGGACAAGUGAAAACAUUUGGGGGAAAAUGUUAUAAUUGUGGUCAAAUUGGUCAUCUAAAAAAGAAUUGCCUAGUCACAAAUAAGCCAAAUGUAACUACUCAAGCUACUACAACAACAGAUAAAGGGCCACCUGGCCUAUGUCCAAGAUGUAAAAAGGGAAAACAUUGGGGUAAUCAAUGUCAUUCUAAAUUUGAUAAAAAUGGGCAACCACUGUCGGGAAACGAGAGGAGGGGCCAGCCUCAGGCCCCGCAACAAACUGGGGCAUUCCAAAUUCAACCCUUUGUUCCUCAGGGUUUUCAGGAACAACAACCCCCUGUCGCAAGUGUCUCAGGGAUUAAGCCAGUUAUCACAAUACAGCAAUUAUCCCCCGCCACAAGUGGCAGUGCAGCAGUAGAUUUGUGUACUUUACAAGCAGUCUCUCUACUUCCAGGGGAGCCUCCACAAAAAAUCCCCACAGGGGUAUAUGGCCCAUUGCCUGAGGGGACUGUAGGACUAAUCUUAGGAAGAUCAAGUUUAAAUCUAAAAGGAGUUCAAAUUCAUACUGGUGUGGUUAAUUCAGACUAUGAAGGCGAAAUUCAAUUGGUUAUUAGUUCCUCGAUUCCUUGGAGUGCCAGUCCAGGAGACAGGAUCGCUCAAUUAUUACUCCUACCUUAUAUUAAAAUUGGAAACAGUGAGAUAAAAAGAACAGGAGGGUUCGGAAGCACUGAUCUGGCAGGAAAGGCUGCAUACUGGGCAAGUCUGGUCUCUGAGAGCAGACCUGUGUGUAAGGUCAUUAUUCAAGGAAAACAGUUUGAAGGACAUGAACCUUUAGAAAAUGCUCUGACAGUAUUUACUGACGGUUCCAGCAAUGGAAAAGCGGCUUACACAAGGCCAAAGGAGCAAGUAAUCAAAACUCAAUAUCAAUCAGCUCAGAGGGCAGAGUUGAUUGCAGUCAUUACAGUGUUAGAAGAUUUUAAUCAACCUGUUAAUAUUAUAUCAGAUUCUGCCUAUGUAGUACAGGCUACAAGGGAUGUUGAGACAGCUCUAAUUAAAUAUAGCAUGGAUGAUCAGUUAAACCAGCUGUUCAAUUUGUUACAACAAACUAUAAGAAAAAGGAAUUUCCCAUUUUAUAUUACUCAUAUUCGAGCACAUACUAAUGUACCAGGACCUUUAACUGAAGCAAAUAAGAAAGCUGACUUACUGAGAUCAGACUACUACUUCUGCAGAACAACAUCUUACGGGUAA